GGCGUUUGGCGUUUGGCAUGUGCAUAUAACCGAGGAAGAAAAGCCCCCCAGUGUUGAGCCGACAUUAAAACUGUAAACAUUAGCGACCUGGGCGGCUUUAACGUGUCGUGAGGAUGGAAAUAUAAGGUUAACCUCAAGGUGUGAGACCAAACAUUGUUCUUCAGUGCAUGGAAGCAAAGCCAAUGCGCAGGGUCACCAGCGCACGCCAAGACGCCACUGGAAUGGACAUCACCAGCCGCUGUACUCUGGGGGACCCCAACAAACUGCCUGAAGGGGUCCCCCAGCCUGCACGCAUGCCCUACGUCUCAGACAAACACCCGCGGCAGACCCUGGAGGUGAUCAACUUGCUGAGGAAACACCGUGAGCUCUGUGACGUGGUGCUGGUGGUGGGGGCCAAGAAGAUUUAUGCCCAUCGUGUUAUCCUCUCUGCCUGCAGCCCCUACUUCAGGGCAAUGUUUACUGGAGAGCUGGCAGAAAGCAGGCAGACUGAGGUGGUCAUCCGUGACAUCGAUGAGAGGGCUAUGGAGCUGCUCAUUGACUUUGCCUACACCUCCCAGGUCACUGUAGAGGAGGGGAAUGUGCAGACACUGCUCCCUGCUGCCUGCCUCCUCCAGCUGGCUGAGAUCCAGGAGGCCUGCUGCGAGUUCCUCAAGAGGCAGCUAGAUCCUUCCAAUUGUUUGGGCAUCAGGGCCUUCGCCGACACACACUCCUGCCGCGAGCUGCUCCGCAUCGCAGACAAGUUCACCCAGCACAAUUUUCAAGAGGUCAUGGAAAGCGAAGAGUUCAUGCUGCUGCCAGCAAACCAGCUGAUUGACAUCAUUUCCAGCGAUGAGCUCAACGUGCGGAGUGAGGAGCAGGUUUUCAAUGCUGUGAUGGCCUGGGUGAAAUACAGCAUCCAGGAACGCAGACCGCAGCUGCCCCAGGUCCUGCAACAUGUCCGUCUGCCGCUGCUCAGUCCCAAGUUUCUGGUGGGCACCGUGGGUUCAGAUCCCCUCAUUAAGAGUGACGAGGAGUGCAGAGACCUGGUUGAUGAAGCUAAAAAUUACCUGCUGCUGCCACAGGAGAGACCACUUAUGCAAGGACCGAGAACACGGCCGAGGAAACCCAUCCGCUGUGGAGAGGUACUUUUUGCAGUUGGUGGCUGGUGCAGCGGAGACGCCAUUUCCAGUGUGGAGCGUUACGAUCCUCAGACCAACGAGUGGCGAAUGGUAGCAUCGAUGAGUAAGCGGAGAUGCGGAGUCGGCGUUAGUGUUCUGGAUGACUUGCUGUACGCGGUGGGGGGUCACGAUGGCUCGUCGUAUCUCAACUCUGUGGAGAGAUAUGAUCCUAAAACAAACCAGUGGAGCAGUGAUGUGGCACCUACAAGUACUUGUCGUACCAGUGUGGGCGUAGCUGUCCUCGGUGGUUAUCUGUACGCUGUAGGUGGACAGGAUGGUGUUUCCUGUCUCAACAUUGUGGAAAGAUAUGAUCCUAAGGAAAAUAAAUGGACUCGUGUGGCUUCCAUGAGCACCAGGCGACUGGGUGUCGCUGUGGCUGUGCUGGGGGGAUUUCUUUAUGCUGUGGGAGGGUCGGAUGGAACGUCACCAUUAAAUACAGUGGAGCGUUACAACCCUCAAGAGAACCGCUGGCACACCGUGUCCCCAAUGGGGACCAGGAGGAAGCACCUCGGCUGUGCGGUCUACCAGGACAUGAUUUACUCUGUUGGAGGGAGGGACGACACCACGGAGCUGAGCAGUGCAGAGCGAUACAACCCCAGAACCAACCAGUGGUCUCCUGUGGUGGCCAUGACCUCAAGACGGAGCGGGGUGGGCUUGGCUGUGGUCAACGGUCAGCUGAUGGCAGUAGGAGGCUUUGAUGGGACGACGUAUCUCAAAACUAUAGAAGUGUACGACCCUGACGCCAACACAUGGAGGUUGUACGGCGGAAUGAACUAUCGCCGGCUAGGGGGAGGUGUGGGUGUCAUUAAAAUGACUCAUUGUGAAUCCCACAUAUGGUAACACCACCUCCACUACCAAACCACCUCCACCCCCCCCACACUCACAAGCUCACUUCUCAUCAUGUUGCAACAGACGCCUCUUUUUCACCAACUCUCGUGCCUCCAAAAGAGACGCUUUUUAAGUCAUGCAAGGAUGAGAGGAAAACAUGGGGGAAGGAGGAGGGACAAACUUUUGAACUCUUGUUCAGCGCCCACCCCCCAAACUCUGGUUGUCUUCAGUCACCAUGAAGUGCACUAGGAGAUGAAAUCCGCAGAGUACCGUUAAGCUCCCUGUUAGGAGAGGAUGCACCUUCUCCUGUGACCUCCCCAGGUUUUCAUCCUCCAGGCUUCUCUCGCCUGGGACAUUUGAAUGGAAUGGCACAAAACCUGAUUGACUUCGCUGCUGGUGGGAGGAUAUUUUACGUUUCUGAGGUUUGAGAAGUUCAAAAGCAUCAUGUCACUGAGCGAGGGCUUUUUUGACUGAGAGCCUCCAUCACCUCCCCCAAAUUCUGGCUCGUGACGACUUGAGAUGGAUGAUUUCCUGGAAACAACAUUGCAAACAACACUGCUCUCUUGUUCUGUCUCUACUUGGCUUUGGGCUUUGAAGCGUCCAUCUCAACUGUGGCUGUGAUGUCUCUGGGCCUCAUCUGUAGCAUUGAAUAACAGAAUCGGUCAGGUAGUUUCACUCUGCAUUUAAACUGUCAUCAAAAGGAUUUAAUCUGCCUUCACCACCACGGGAGAUUAUUUGCAGGAGAAGGAUCUGUAUGAGGAUGUCACUUCUAACAGUUUCUUCUAUUGUUACUGAAUGGGACUGCUGCACUUUACAGGAGGCUACUGUAGCCGUUUGUUACCUUCUUUUUUUUUUUAUUCAAAAAAUGUCAGUUCAGUAGGUCAGAGUAACAUAUGGCCUGUUAGUCAACCGGUUCAGUGGAAAGAACUUAGACACUAUCAUCCAGUCAUGUCUCGCUGUUUAUUGUUGGCUCCAGCGGUGAGAAUCCUAAAACCCUCAGUGUACUUCAAACGAACUAGGUCGUCUCACUGUGUCCAAGGGAAAACAGUUUAUAACUUUUAAAAUGGCAACUGUCGUCAUAACUGCACUUGGCAGCAUCAUGCAGUUUUUGUGUGGCUUGGUGAAGUAAAAGUGCAAAUAAGUUUCAUGUAUACAUUUUUCAUUGAAGAUGACACAGUGUUCGCACUUGGUUCUGUGCUUUAAAGUUCAAACCCUGCCCACUUUCACACACCCUUGGUUAGUCACAGUUUAAAGUGGACGUGCUUGUCAGUCUGUCUGUUUGGGAAACUUACAAAAGCUCUCCCCUGGAUUGUGCCACUGGAAAAAUGGUCGGAGACCAUGUUGGACGACCUGACAAUCACUUAGUUUGAAGCAAACUGAGGUUCUAGCAGUGUCGCAGUGUGUUUGAUAUUAUGUUGUCAGGGUAACCUCAGAGGUGAAAAAUAGGGGUUUUAGGAGCUCAAAACACUGAUGAUAUUAAAUAGUUUUGUUAUCGACAAGUCCCAUGAGAAGACCAACACUUUUCAUUCUUUAGUCUAUCUGUGGCUCUAAUCUCAAAUGUAUUAAUUUGUGUUGACAAUAUUAAUUUUAAAAACUGAUAACGAAUAUAUAUACACUUCCAUUUAAAUAAACCUUAAAUGAUCCUUAAACAUCCGUUAACUGUAGAUUUUCUGGCAAACAUUAGUCAAGAAGGAGGAAAUCAUGCAUCGGGACCACUUUCAGCUGCGGAUCGAUCUACAUUUCAUGCUGUAGUUGGUAUUUCCAGCUGCAGUACUGUGUGAACAGGAUUGAGUUAAAACAACCUGCAGCUUGUGUGGCCAUGGUAAUAAUGAAUAUGUAAACCAGUGCAACAGUGUGGUUCAUUGAUGUGUUUUUGGAAAUGCAGGAGUAAGGUAUAUCAGGUUUUGGCCACACACACACUUCUUCUUGGUGGGAUACAGAAACUGCUGGUGUCAGACUUUCUGUGGAAGUUGUUGAAAAGAAAAAUACACAAAAUAACCAGAUGUAUUCUUUGAAUUUAAAAUGAAUCCCUAAUGCUGCCCGUGAUCAGAUCUGGGGGAUUGGAAAAUGGAAUAUAACAGAAACACACUGUUUUAAAAUACUAGAUAACUUUCAAUACAAAGGUAGUCAUAGGUGAUCAAAUCACUUAGCUGUUGAUGCGUUUGUAUCUGGAGUCAGUGAUCUACUGAGAUGAGGAUGGUGUCUAAGUUUAAAAUAGGGGGAGUUGCUGAAGUCCACGAUGCAAGAAAGAAAGUUGAGUAUCUUGUUGAAAAUGUUAUGAACCUGUAAAUAUUUUAUGUCACAAGUGAAGCAGUUUUUCAGCCAUUGAAGAUGCUGAUGAUAAACUGUGACAGAAUCACCUUCUGAUGCUCAGAAGUUCAGCUCAGAAACGUUACUAGAAACAGUUGGACUCAGUCAUUUAUUAACACGCUGGAUAGGGCAUAAUUAUAUAGUCGAGCAGAGUUUCAUAAUUCAGUAGUUUUGUAGGAUACGAAAUGUGAGGAUUUAAGUUUUCUUAUGAAGUUCCAUAGUGGCCUUGGUAACAAAGAAAAGGGAAGUGUUGGAAUCAGACCAUUAAAUGAAAUCCGGUUCACGUGAUUGGUUUAAUGUUACAUGCGUCACACGUGUAAUAUCAAAAUCUGACUCGUGUCCUGCAACAAACAGGAAAAAAAAUUAUAUCAGCCAAUGAUCAAUCUAGCAGAUGACAUUCAUCCCUGUUUCUUUAAUAGACUAAUAUUAGUAUAACUCUUAACAGUUUAUGCAUCAGUGAUACACAACCCUGGGGUUUUGAGACAUGUCGUUUUUGUUUUACACAUCAGUCUCAUAUUUUACUUUUAUAAUGUCGUCAUAAGCAGCACGGUGCAUUGUCGCCACCUGCUGGAGGAUAGUUAAAGUACAGCAUUAAUAUGAAUGACUGAACGAUCCUUUGCAGUUUUUCUAGUGGUCCCUGGUUGUAUAACUGAGGCCAGAUCAAUGUGAAACACCGUUUGGGUAGAUGGUAGAUUGGAUUUGGUUAAUCUCAUAAUUUAUUGCACUGUGAUUGAAAAUGUAUUUUAGUUUUCAUCUUUUUUUUCUUAGUUGUGUUUUAUAAGGGUGUUCAACUUUUCAGACGUGAGGGGGGAAAAAGUCUAAAGUGAUAGUAUAACUUGGGGAUUUGACAUUUCAGGCCUGUAGCUGAUGUGAAUUUAUUUCAUAGAUGCAACCCUACAUGUGGCACAGGUUAUCAUAGCUCUGCACUUUAAAGUGUGUGUGUGUGUGUGUGGAACAAAUACAUUAGUGCAGGUGGCAGGCUGUUAUGCAUUAAGUAAGUCACAGUUAACUGGUUAAUUCUGGUGUUAAUGUUCAGCAACGUGGCAAAUGUAGAUUUUGUUGGGUUUAAUCAUAGGAUCACUGUUCGGCUGCUGAUGUAUUUGUUGUAUGCAGACCUACUCAUUUGAACUUAUUUAUGCUUUGGGAUGAGUUGCAGUCACACAUCGACGUUCACUUGACAUAAUGUGGAAUCCGAUUGUGAUGAAUGUGCAGCGACCAUCAGAUCAAAGAUAAUCAUCCCUUGUUGAACAGAAUUUUAUGCAGUCUGACCAACUGGGAUGCUUAUUCUUGAAAACUCUCCCAAGUAUAUGUCUCUCUUUUUCACUGCCACAGAAUCACAAUGAAAUCACACUCCGUGUUAUUGCUUCACGUGUUAUUGGUUUGUUCCCAGGCCUCCUGGUUAGUGUGCAGUAAAUAGUGCUGAAGAAGAAAACCUUGUUUUCAGCUUUGUGACUGGAUUUUUCAGAGAAUACUAGUUAUCUAUAAAUUUUCAGAAAUUGUCACAACUUGACUGUGUCUUCAAUUCUGGUCUAAAUUUCCUUACAACAUCUGUGGCGAUGCAUUUUUCAGUUUAUAAUGAUUGAUUCAGCUGCAGCAGAACAAAGCAGCACGACUGUGCUGUAUUGAGUGAUUUUCCCUCUAUUCACGUGAGCCACUAAUACUGCAUUGUGUCUGCGAUAGAUGGAAAUUCAGUAGCCUAUAAUAUUUAAAUCUGUUGUUUUGAGUAGCCUCUGUGCAGAGAGUCCAACACGUGACUAAAAUCAUGGAUGUGAUAGUUCUCAUGAAGCAAGCAGCCAUCUCUGCUGUGAUCACGACAUCAGCUCUGGACCAUGUUCACGAUGACAAGAAUAAACUUUUUCCCUGCAAAA